AGUUCCUCAUACUACGCCCCAAACAAAAGCAAGCCGAGAGAGAGAGAAUGGAAUCGCUCGAUGAUACUGAAGCAGCCCUAAGAGGCCAAGCACACAUAUGGAAGCUCAUGUUCGCAUUCGCCGACUCGAUGGCGCUGAAAUGCGCAGUCGAGCUCCGAAUACCGGACAUCAUCCACUCUUACGGUGGCGGGCCUGUCACCCUAGUCCAAAUAGCCUCCCGCAUUCCCUCCCCAUCCUUUGGAACCACCUACCUUGCGCGCAUCAUGAGACUCCUUGUCCGCAAGAACAUCUUCUCGGCACAUUGUCGCCAACCCGACGGCAGCCGGGAGAGUCACGAGACACUCUACGGCCUCACCCCGUCAUCGAGAUGGCUCCUCCAGGGGCCUGGGUCCGAGAACAGCCUCGCACCGAUGGUGCUGAUGGAAGACCACCAGUGGCUAAUGUCCCCAUGGCAUUGCCUCGGUGACUGCGUCAGGACCGGCGGGGUCGCAUUUGAGAUGGCUCACGGCCGCAAGAUUUGGGACUUCGCAUCGGAGAAUCCCGAGUUCAACCGCUUGUUCAACGAUGGGAUGGCGUGUACGAGCGGGAUCUCGGUUAGGGCCUUAGUGGAAGGGUAUAAGGACGGCUUCAAGAGCAUUGGAUCCUUGGUCGAUGUUGGAGGUGGGAUUGGCGGGGCCCUGGCCGAGAUCAUUAAGUCGUAUCCGCACAUUCGGGGGAUUAAUUUUGAUUUGCAUCACGUCGUUGCGACGGCACCGGCGCACGAUGGAGUCACUCAUGUUGGGGGAGACAUGUUUGAGACUAUACCACAUGCUGAUGCCGUUUUCAUGAAGUGGAUCCUGCAUGAUUGGGGCGACGAAGAUUGCGUCAAGAUAUUAAAAAAUUGCAGAAAAGCAAUCCCAGAGAACAAUGGCAAGGUGAUCAUAGCAGAGGUUGUGCUGAAACCAGAGGGCGAUGGCAUGUUCGAUGAGAUCGGACUAGUGUUCGAUCUGCUCAUGAUCGCACAUAGCUCGGGUGGUAAGGAGAGGGACGAACUCGAAUGGAAGAAGAUCUUGGAGGAGGGGGGGUUUCCUCGCUACAACAUCAUCAAAACCCCUUCCUUGUUGUCCAUCAUUGAAGCAUAUCCACUGUGAUUUGGUCGCGCUAAAAUAUAACAUAUGUGGAAUAAAUGCGAGUUGUAUGCUCGAUCAACGGAAAGAUUUAAGUAAACAACCAAAUUCACUCGGAUUCAUGAUCCGAGAAAAAGUUUACUGUCUUCUGUCAAUGUAUGUUUUUGUUACUACAUUUUAGGUUACUAAUUUAUGUUGUUUGUGGUCA